GUUUCGAGUUUCGCCGAGGCCAGUCAUGGAAAACGACUCGUGAACACGCGCGCGCCGCACUUCGAGCCAUUCAAGUUUGACUUUCAUGCAGAGAGUAUAAUGUAAUAGAGGCUCUUGCUCGCGAAACCGUGCGAGGCAGCAACAGCAAUAACAAAGCAACUUUAACAAGAAAGCAUAACUUUAACUGCUAUCCAAAGGCAAGCACUAAGAGACAUACCGCUGUUGGAGUAAAUUCGCGAGUUUCUCGAGUGUAGGAGCAAGCGGAUAUAGAGAUAUUACCUUACAUUGUGUUUAUAUAUAUUUUUGAUUGCUGUUCGGGCUUAUUCUAGCGAAAGUAAGCAUCUCUCGAUCUGACUUUGAUCAUAUCCGUGUCGUUGCUUUACGUUGUUUUUGGUGGCAUUGUCGUACGGACAUAACUGGUAGUGGAACGAGAAUUCGAUGUGUAUGUUUGACAAAGUUCUGAAGAUCGCUCUAAACGAGUUUCCAAUCGAAAAGUUUUUGACCUACAUUUCGACGUGCAUUGUUAGUGGGAAGUACCUACAGCUUUGAAAAGUGGAGAAAAUUUUGGUAACCGGAGGGAUUUCUGUGUUGAACACUGUGUUCUACCUAGUGUAGUGCAAUCGGACGAAACCGGCAAGUGCAGUAGUGCGCGUAUAUAUAUUAUAGAGUUGUAGCUACAUGUAUCGAAAGCCUCCCGAUUGAUUGAGGCGACAACCGACGGCGAGACGUGUGACGUUCCCUUUAUUGGGAUUGGCGGAGGUGGUGCAAGUACCUACACUGUACACACUAGGCGAGGAAGUGGACCAUACGGCAAGAAAAGCUGACUUGCAAGCAGUUGCGAUUCGCCGACGCGCGACGUUGUAAAGUGCUUUUGGGUUCAACAUUGAUAUGCGCGCACAUUCCGUGAAGGAACGUUGUGAAUAAAACAGCACGAACCCCCGCGGGUCGCAGUUCGACAUCAGGCAAAAAGGCAUCAUAACAAAAAUAAUCGACAACGACGACCGACGUGCGUCGAUGGGAAGGUGACUUCGAACGGGUAGGCACCUCAAAGGAAGGAGCGCAAAAUUUAUGGCUUAUUAAAUGCCCGUGUGGAAGAUAAUUAAAUUUCUCAACAGUCGAAUGUAUGUAUAUAGUACGUAGCAGCGGCCGUCACGGAAAAUAAUCGGAAAAUUGUCAGAGCAAUUUCGAGUGCUUCGGAGAGUGUUAAUCGGUUUUCCCUUAAUUGCAUUAACGUGCUGCCGCACCGCCCGAAAAUCAGGUGGUACGUAGUGGAUAAUUUUUGGUUGCUGUGUAAAUUGGCGAAAAUUAUAGGCAACUGUAUGUUUUGGUUUUGAAAAAAAAAAACUACUCUUGGUGUGUAGCACCGUAGUACCUAUGACAUUCCUCCGGCGAAUGAAGUGAUUUAUAGUGCGGAAGAACUCACUGAAGAGUUGCAACACCACUUUUGUGCAGAGCUCGUUACGCGUAGUCGAGUUAAUUGACGAUAGUAUAGUGUUGUUUGGAGGUGUGUUGAGUGUUUGAAGAAGUAGUAAGCUGUUCGUUUUGAAAUUGGCUGUAAAAACCUGGUGACAGUUAGGUGAUUGAUAGCCGUUUUGACAGAGAUCGUCGCGACGCGUUACAUUGUAAAUCAUCGUCUACUGGAUGGAACGUGUUUGUGUGUUCCACCCUGACAAAUGUCCCAGCAGCAGCGCGGUGUGGUCAACGUAGUUAGAUAGAUGGGUAACUGAAAUAGAUUUAAGGCAGCAACAGUUAGUACAUUAAAACACAGAGAGAAAAAGGGGUUUGCGGAUAAAAAAAAGGAGAUAGAUAUCAAAGUGAAAAUAACAGCGGGCGCAGGGUGAAAAGUUGAAUAAAUUUCUUAGCUUCUUGGAGGAUUUGAAGAAGGUGGCAAAGAAAGUCAGCUCCAAUGAAAUUGUUAAUGUGAUCAAGUGCAAAGUUUUUAAUUGAAGAAGUCAGUGCACAAGAAGAGAAGCAAGGUAGCAGAAAAAGUUGGACUUGAGUGACAUCGGGUCUUCCAGCGAUAGCAGUUGAAGAAGACGGGAUCAACGGAAGAAGGGAAGAAAGGAAGGAAGGAAGCAAACAAAGUGUGAGACAUCAGGAGGUAGGAGAAUCACUUUGUGGCAAUUGUGUGAAUUUCCAUUUCAAAGAGUGUCCGGGUGUGAGAAAAAGCAAGCGAGUGAGAAGAGCAAUAGAGCGGAAGAAAGCAGUGAAAACGGUGUGGUCUCUGGCUCUGCGAGUGGGUGGGUGAUUUCCCCGGUGGGUGGCGCACCCUCAAGCGCGUAGUGUAGCAAAAAGGAAUCAAAGGUGUCUGAUACCGGCGAGUUCAGUGAAACGGAGCAACAACAGGCCGACCGAUGUAGUGAUAAUCUUCCGCCGCCAAUCUCGCCGUCGUCGAUGGCAACUAUUGAUUCAGCAUCAUCUUGGCACGGGAGCGACAGAAGCUGUCGUAAUCAAUGCGCUACACGGAUUGCCGACCUUGCCAGGCAUAUGCCACUGGAAAUGGAGGGCACACUAGCGCACAGCAUGAUACCAACCAUGGACAGUGCCGCCACGGACGUCGACCGAAAGUGUGGCAGCUUGGACGUGGAUCUGGAUCGAAAGUUCCUAAAUAAUAAUAACAAUACUAGCAUGAAAUGUUUGCAAUUCACUAGACCACCCGAUCCACCACCACCACCUGCGUUACUGUUCGAUUACGUAGUUGAAAAGAGCAUCCAAAGUCAAGCCCAACAGCACAAUCUCCUAGAUAGCGAAAUUAAAAGUUUUGAAAACAUUAGCUUUACUAGCAAUAGCGACGAGCAGUCAGCGAAUAGUCAAGUAGAUGAAGUAGCAACCAAUUCACCUAGCGUUAACAGCCGGCCAGUAGUAAACACCGAAGUCGUAGAUGCGAAAGAAGUGAACAUGCCCAAAACAGAUCUGGUAGACAACGAUGACCUGCUGGAGGCUAGCAAUAGGACCGAGUCCCAGCUGGAAAUCAAUACGGCCGGGGUGUCGUUCAAGGGUCGGGUACUUCCAAAACUUCAAACCUUUGAUCAAACUCGACCAAUCUAUCCCAACGUGCCGUACAGCCCGUACAACAGCCCCUACGGAAGCCCAAGAAGUGGCCGCCGACGGACGCCUCUGCGCGAAUCCAGAAGAGUAUCGAUCGAACAAUCCGGUAGCUUCCUGCAGCUGAAUCAAUACAAACUGCUGGAUCAGAUUGGCCAGGGCUCGUACGGGCUGGUAAAACUUGCCUACUCCGAGGAAGAUUCGACGCAUUAUGCCAUGAAAAUCCUUUCCAAGCGCAAACUACUUCGCAAAGCGGGUCUCAUGCGCCGAGGACCAAAACGUGGAACAUCCCCACUGGACCGAGUAUACCGUGAAAUUGCCGUGCUAAAGAAGUUGGACCAUCCGAACGUAGUAAAGCUAGUCGAGGUGCUAGACGAUCCGCUGGAGGAUUCACUGUAUCUGGUUUUUGAACUGGUACAGCACGGAGAAAUCCUCAGCAUACCGACCGAUUGUCCGCUUAGUGAGGAACGUGCCUGGACUGUGAUUAGGGAUGUUAUUCUGGGCGUCGAAUAUCUUCACUACCAGCGGAUUAUCCAUGGGGAUUUGAAGCCAGCCAAUCUGCUGAUGUCGGACUCGGGCAGCGUGAAGGUGGCUGACCUGGGUGUUUGUAACGAGUUCCUUGGCGAAGAUGCCGCAAUGAAUAAUGGCUCAACGGCAGGCACGCCGGCAUUCCGAGCGCCUGAAACGCUGCUACCCGGGCAGCAUGUCUACAACGGAAAAGCAGCUGACAUUUGGGCACUGGGAGCCACUCUCUAUUCGAUAGUGCAUGGAAAUGUUCCUUUUAUAGCUAUUUCGGUUCCUGGUGUGUACGAGAAUAUUAAAAACGAUCCACUGCAAUUUCCUCCCACGAGCACAAUCAGCCCGGAAUUGAAGGAUCUAAUCGAAACCAUGCUGGAUAAGGAUCCCCAGCUGCGCAUCACUCUCCCACAGAUUAAAGAGCACUGUUGGGUUACCAAGUUUGGUCGAUACCCGCUGCCCAGUGAGGAGGAGAACUGCCGACUGGUGCAAAUCAAUGAUGAAGACAUGACCACCGUUGUGAAGAGCAUCCCAAAGCUAGAUACACUAAUAUUGAUAAAAACCAUGCUCAAAAAGCACUCGUUCCUAAAUCCAUUCACGAGAGGCAUUUCCGGUCGUGCGCCACAGGUGGGCGGUUCUCGGAUAGAACGAUUCAGCCGGUCCGGUCGGUCCAAUUCCGCACCCGGGGAUUAUCAUACUUCUGAAAGGCAACCUUCCAAUGAGUCACUCCUACCAUCGGUUACGGAAGGCGUUUCAAGCCCCGGUGGAAGCCCUGAACAGCUGUCACCGUACAAGGUUCCCAGCAUCGUGUCGACUCCGUCGCAGGAUUCUUCCAAUACAGCAACUGCCACCGAACCCGAUCGCAUUGAAGCAACCACUCCGGACAGCAUCGACCAAAUGAAUUUGCCAAAUCGUGCAUACUUAGAAGUUCUGCUCUAAUUCGAUGCUAGUGAUUUCUGAUUUAGCUUUUUACCCAAAGAUUUUAAAAACUCUGAACCGCAAGCAAUUGGUGACAAAAGCUAUUUAAAUUUUAUCUGCAAAUUGUAACUUUUGUUAUACUUAAAUCACGCCGUCUCGCAAUUACAACAAAUAGAGCGUAAGAAAAAUCGUACAGCGUUGUUACUUUUACAUUCACUAGAUUUUACUUGUACUUAUUGUGCAUACGGAAUUUUGGCGGUUUUUUGCAUUUAAUAGUUGACAAAAUAAAAUAUAAACGGAAUAAGGAUAGCUUUGAACAAACAUUUUUAAUGUUAAUGGUACUGAACGGAAACUAGAAUUAAUAAGCGUGUACAUAUUUACAAAUUUGAUCUUUUUAAUAUGUAGUCCAAUUGAAAAAAAAAGAAGUGUUUUUUAAAAGUAAACUAACAUUUGAAUACACAUAUAUCAUUAUUGACCAAAAAUUGAAUGUUUAACUACUUAAGAGUUUGAUAUUACUUAAGGCUCUGCUAUUGGAGGCAGAGCCGAACAUUCAGAAAAAUUACGCUUUAAACAUUACUAUUAAUAUUAUGAACUUAACUUUAAAGGUAGUAAACAAAACCUAUAAUGUGAGCGUCAGAACUUGCCAUUGUUAAGAAUUGAUUAAAUUUGGCCAAAAAAAGCAAGCAUCACCGUACCGUAAUUAAUACUGGCAAGUUGUGAUACAAUUUUUUGCAGAUCUUUCUCUUUGAAUCUUAUGAAAUUAAACUUACCUAGCGAGUAUAUUCAAUGUAGACAUAGGCAAUUUGCAUCGGUAAUAAAAACAACUUCGUCAAAUUUCGAUAACUAACUAGCAGAAGUGAACAGGGUUGAUAUGCAAGAAUAAUACCCAUAAUGAUAGAAUUCCAACCACUUAAGCUUUAAUACUACCUUUAAAACUAUGAUUAGAACUGACAAGUAUGAACCGUUGAGUUUCGUCUCCACUUGGGACAAGCACACAUCGGGACCAUUUUAGUACGUUCCUCGACGAUAAUAUGCACUACUUUACAAAUGCCUUCUGUUACUCAUGUUCUAUUACUAGUGUAUACUCUAUCUCUCUAAAUCCACUGGAAAGCAGUUGCGAAACUGUAUUUCCAGGCAAGUUGUUUCUGUAUUAUUCCUGAUUAGGGUUGAUGGAUCGUUUCAUCGAAUAGUCUCGUAAUGCAGAUUUGGUUUGCUAUGUGGAUUUAAGCAGCCACUAGAAAAUGACAUGUAACGUAAACUACCGGGCAUGUAAAUAUGUGAUUUGAAUUCAAACCAACGAUUCACUUGUUAAAAAGAUUGUAUACAUGUUGCAUGCAAGCUUAGUGGUUUGAUAUAACAUUUGAAAUAUUUCAUGACAUAUUUCUUUCCAACUUACCGAAUCUACAAUGUAAACCUGUAUGAUAUAUGACAUCCCUAUAACACACGCACACACACAGAACAUAAAUUUACGAUUCAGACAAAGCCAAAGACCUUUAGAAAAAAAACGCGCUCAAUUUGUCGAACCCUGUCAUGUUUGUUUAUGAAUUAUAGAAGCGUAUCAACGAGCAAGCAAAAUUAGGAGAAUUUACAUGUUUUUACUUGCCCGUUGCUACACUCCGAAAAUUAAAAAUACCCCGGACAGGCUGAUACAGUUUUGUAGCUACUCAGCUAAUUAAGCGUGUUCCAAAGGUUUAGGGAACAAAAAGAUACAUUUACUUCUUUGCCAUUUGAAACCACUGGCGUUUAACUUUGAAAACUUCGUCAAGCCCUUCACAUAUAGGACCAGCUAGGCUCUAUGUCCUUUUAUCCGUGGAAAUUUCAACCACUAAAAUUCACUAUCGGCCAAUGAAAUGAUCCGCAUCCACUCUCUCUGUAGACAAAAACAACAUGUUUUUACCAUACAAACAAACAAAACCGAACCAUUCCAACUGCAAAGAGACUCCAAAUACAACGAGUAACAAGAAGUUAGAAACCAAGAAUUGGAAACCAUUCGUGAUUGUUGAUACAAUUUUGACAAUUAAUAUGACAGCGUGUUUUGGCGCAGCAAAAAUACCCUGUUUCGUAGUUUCGUUAUACAUUUUUAUACACCGUUUAUUAUAUUUAGAAGCUUUAACUAGCAAACGAAACGUAAAAUUAAUCCCAAAACCGAACUUGAGAGGGGGGGGAUUGGGCCCAAAAAUAAGCGAAAUAAACCUAAAAGGCAAACUGAUGUAGAAUUAGAGUAUAUAAUGUGUGAAAAGUGCCCAAUCCCAUUUCUUCAUUUAAAAAAACCACGCAUAUCAAAACAAAUGUAACAUAAACUUAAACUUCAAAACUUUUAAAAGAAACAAUAACUUGCUAUUAAUGCUUUGAUAAAUAGCAACGUCUAAAGGCGUUGUAAAAAAAAAAGUUAUUCACUUGAGUCCAAAUGUACCAAAUUUAAAUAAACAGCGUGAAUUCCAGCAUAGAAUAACCUAAUCAUUUUUAUUUAGGAAAAAUCUCUCUAUUUACAAUUUCAUAUCUACUAUCCCGUUGUAAGUAAAAUGCACAAAACUCACUGGAAUAUGCGUUCAAACUGAAAGACCUUUAUCAGUACCCAUUCCCAGGCCAUUCCCUAUUCCACAGAAAAGUAAACAAGCAGAAAUAGUUAUAAUGUGGUUCCCCCUUGUUUGUGUUCUUUUCUUUCUACUGACAAUCAUUAGUAGUAUAGCUUGAAGCAACCAAGUGCUAAUAACAAACUUAAUUCUACAUUUCUGAACCCACUUACCAAUGUAUUUUAAGCUCCCCCUUUCCUUUACAAGAUCUAAGAAACCCACAGCACAGAAAAAGCAGCAUCAUGACUUUAGAAAGUCACUCCUGCACUGUCUACACGGAAUGCAAUUCUUUGCACUUGAAUGUCUGAAAAAGUUAUCUCCUCCUCUUUCGUUUUCCCGACUAAGUAAGUAAAAACUUCACCCUAUUACCGAAAAAAAAACAAGCAAACAAAAACAAAAACGAUUGAAAUGUGAUCCACUUAUGUACUAAGAAAAAGAAACAAAUAUCAAAUUGUUAAGUUUUAGAAUGUGGUGAUUUUUUAAAUUUUUGUGGACAAUACCCCCGGAUUGAUUGCAUCGGAACAGUUUCGUUGUGAAUGAGAAGAUCAUUUGUGUGAGCCGUAUGAAAUUUAAAUUCAUUUUUUUUUUUUAGUAAAGAGGCACAAGAUGUUUUCUCGCGCAAUUGUUAACAUUAAUUGAAUCUACGAAUAAAGUUUAAUCAGUUUUAUUUAA